AUGGGCUGCGAGGCCUUCGCGGCCCUCUGGUCCGGCCUCGCGUCCCGGCAGCAGGCGGCCCGCGUUCGCGAACACCUGCUGGACCCGAGCAAGUUCUUCGGCAGGGUGCCCUUCUCCACCGUGGCGUUGGACGCGCCGGAGUUCAAGCCGACCGGCUACUGGCGCGGACCCGUCUGGCUUGACCAGGCCUACUUCGCCAUCCGCGGAUUGCAGCGCUACGGCCACACGGAGGACGCCGAGCGGGGCCUACAGAAGUUGCUCGCGGAGGUGUCGAAGGAUCCCGUGCCCCGGGAAAACUACAACCCGGUCUCGGGCGCCGGCCUGGGCGCACAGUUCUUCGGGUGGUCCGCUGCCAGCCUCCUGAUGCUGACCACGCCCGGGCGAGAGGACCUGACCUGCCGCCCGGCCUUGACGACGGCGAUGCCCUGGGCACGGGCACAACCCGGGGAGAGGCGCCGGAGGCGAGCCCUAGACUGCGCAGUGCUGCCCUCCUGCCGCGGCCGCGCCCAGCGCGCGGGAGAAGGGACGCCGCUGGCGGGCGCCUCCGGCGCCCCUCGUGCGCCCGAGGGGCGUCGGCCGCGGAAUGCAGGUCUGCGCGGGUAUGCGGGCGAGGUCCGAGGCGUGCGAGGCGGCGCUGGGCGGCGCGGCCCGCUUGCCGAGACGGGCGGUGCACACCCGCCCGGGGGCCGCGAGGGGUGCGACCGGAGGCGGAGCAGCUGCCGCUGGAGCAGGGGCGCGGGGCGCUGCGUCGCCGGCCGACGACCUCCAGCUGGGAACAUUGGACGAGGUGGCGUGGCGGGCCGUCCAGGCGCACGCGAGACGGUGCGGCCAGAGGCGGCGCGGGCUGCAGGCGAGGCCGCGCCAGGGAACGGGCUGCCUCGAAGACAGCGGCAGGCGCAUCGGCAGCAGGUGGCUGCCGACGGAUGCGGAGUGUUCGAAGAGCAACGGCACGAGUUCGCGCGUGCUCAGGCCAGGGUUGCUCGGAGACAGGUGGGUGCCCUGGUGGUGGCCCCCCUCGGCAUCCCGUUGCAGCCUCAUUGUCCCGACGAUCACCUCGGUCCCAGCUUGCGGGGUGCCCGGAGCAUCUGUGCCGUGAUCAGCAGCCACGUGGACUCGGAGCCGCACCAGGAGCUGGCGCAGCACCUGGCCUCCACGUUCUGUGAGAUGGAGAGGGAGGACAAGCUGCUCUCCAGGCCCGAGGAGAUCGACCGCGUGCGGGCCACCCUGGCCGAGCUCCGCCGCCAGCUGAACUCCUCGGACGAGUGCUUCGUGCGCCUCGGCGCGUCGCACUGCGUGUCCUUCCGCGUGCGCGGCUCGCCGCCGGCUCUGGCGGCGCUGCCCGCGCUGGCCGCGGUCCCCGUGCCGCUGGUCGACCUCGCCGGGGAGCUCUGCCGGCGCACCGCUGGGCAGGCCUCCGAGGCGGCAGCGGCCGGGGCCCCCGCGCCGCCGACCUUCGCGUUCGAGCCAGACCUGGCCCUCACACACCUCGUGCCGUACCUCGACGGGCUGCGCAGCGUCCUGGACGUGGUGGACGCCAGCGGCGCCGACGAGGACACUGUGCUCAUUUGUCUGCGGCAUUUGCUGCACUUCGGACUUAUCGCCAUGAUCGACGCCAUCCGCCCAGAGAACAGGUACAGCCUGACGCCCGAGUUCCACGUUGCCUUCGGCCGGCCGGAGGUUCUCGCCGAGGUCGUCGAGUACGUCACCGCCGGGCGGGUGCAGGAGGACGUCCAGCUCGUCCAGGUGGUGCAGCUGCUGUAUGCCAGGAUGGAUGGCUGGUCGCAGACGUUGGAUCAGUUCCAGCAAGAGAACGCUUCCAUCCUCCAGGAGCACGGCAUAUCUUGCAGGCACCUGGUCACCUACGGCCUGCUGCGCGGGCUGCUGGAGCGCAUCGGCAGCUGCGACCAGGAGCUGACGCACCUGGAGUGGCGGGAGCUGGAGCGCCUCAGGAAGGACACCAUCCCGCGCCGCAAGAACGAGAUGGUGGCGCGCGGCAUGCCGAUCAACCAGGUGAACAAGGACCCGCAAGUCAAGGCGAUGGUCUCCCGCAUGAACGAACUGAAGGACCGCGAGAAGCUGGGCGCGGAAGGCCUGUGCACCGCCGCCCCCGCGAGGAGCGCGCUCUCCGCCGGCGGCGGGUGGCAGCUGUCCGAGCCGCGGGGGUGGGCCUCUCCCCGCCCAGCUCCCGAGACUGCCGCGGCCUCGGCGGCCGCGCCGCUGGAGCCCUCGGCCGCCCCGCGGGCCUCGGGCGUCGGGCUCCGCGGCUUCGCUCGGCCGCGGCGCGGCCCCUCUCGUGCCUCGGAGCUCCACGGCCGCGGCCUCGUCGGCGGCGGCCACGGCAUCUCGGAGCGAAAGGAGCACGUGCACUGA